ACCGUUUGUUUACGUCUGAGUGUGCGUCUUGCGUCACGCCGUCGCUUAGCUCGAGAAGCAGCGUCGAGGUCUUCGUACCACAAACAGCUCAUGUUUUGUGUUUGUAAAGUUUAAAAAUGACGGUGUGCAACUUCUUUCUUCAAGGUCGCUGUAGAUACGGAGACAAGUGCUGGAAUGAACAUCCAAGAGGCGGAAGAGGAGGAGAUUUCAGAGGAAACCAGCAGCCCAGCAGAGGAGGUUAUGGGAACCGCGUGUGGAUAAACCCGUCUCAGCGCAGCGGUGGUGAUUAUGUGCAGCAGUCCUCGUUCUCUCGUGACGGUAAUAACGACUGGAGCCGAGGAGGAGGAGGAGGAGGAGGAGGAACGCCACGAGACGUCAAGAGCUCCGACUUCAGCUUCAGCAGCCAGAACAGAUUCUCAGCGCUCGCCUCAAACACUCCCUCUGAGAAAGAUGCACAGAGCUCCACGGAUGAUGUGGACACCAUCCAGAAAGACAUGGAGGUCUGGCAGACUUCGGGGCAGUGGCCGUUCUCCUGUUAUUCUGUCCUCCCCGGCAAGCUUUCGGGGUUUGUGGAGGUGUCUCCUGAGGAGCUGAGGCUGGAGUAUUACAGCGGCCGAGCGUCUGGUGAUCUACAGGCUUACAUGAGCUCGGUUCAGCAGCUGGCGGAUCAGUGGAGGAGCAGAGUCCAGGAGCUGAGGAGCAUGAGCAGCUCCACUCGGAUCAGUGUGAUCUCCGAGCUCAAUAACCCCAGUCUCCAAACAUCCACCCCUGGCUCCGGCUUCGGCUCCACCGCGUCAGGGUUUGGAGCCACCUCUUCUUCAUCAUCCUCUUCAUCGACCGGCUUUGGAGCGGCAGGGUUUGGUCAGGGCUCUCAGAGCAGUAGCACGUUCAGCUUCGCCCCGUCUAAGACUGGCUUCGGAGCGGCGUCGAGUACCCAGCAUGCCUCUGGUGUAGUCAGCGGUGUGUUGGCUCAGUCCUCCUCAGGUUUCGGCUGCGCUCCUGCUGCGUCUGCGUCCUCCUUCUCUUUCUCCGAGCCCCAGGCCAGCUCUGUGUCUGUGUCCUCGUUCAGCUUCAGGCCGUCUCCUGGCGAGUCCUCGGCGUCCGCUGUGCUUCAGAGCGGCUCCAGCGGUGUGUUCGGAGCGGACACGGCUCUGUUCUCCACCCACACUGACCUCACAGCAGAGGAACUGAAGGAGUUCACCUCCAAACGCUUCACGCUGGGACAGAUCCCUCUCAAACCGCCUCCUGCGGACCUCCUGGUGCUCUGAUGGGCUUGUCUUUUAAUGCUGGAUUAUUAAAUGUGUUUAUGGACCCAGA